AGAAGUAGCGGGCCAGUGGUUUAUAUUCAGCAGGCGACACCCUCGAACAGAGUUGAAUUGCGAAUUAACAUUCAGCGAACUCUCCUACCCCAAAAGAGGCGUCGCUGGGGUUGACUUGGCGUGGAGUGGAGAGGGUUGAGGUCAUUGCAUGUUCAGCAUCUCACAAGAGCUCCAAGACCUUAGCACCGUAAGCCACACUCCCGGACAGCCACCACUCUUGGAUCCGAGCCUGUCCAUCCCCCUCUAGUGAAUGUCGUUUGAUUGCCUAGCAUACUCCAACUCUCGCGCCUCCUGGCCUACAAAUACCGCCGAUCCCCACCGCCUCGCUCACGCCGCCGCCAUGACCGACCAAAACGCUGGCAUCAUGGCUCGCAAGGACCUCAGGACGCUGGUGCCCCAGCCCAAAAUGUACAAGAAGCCACCUUUCACCGCUGAGGUGCAGGGCGCGGAGAAGAAGGAGGGCGAGACAGUGCCACGCCGAAACGUGCGGACAAAAGACCAGCUCAAGAGCACGCCCGAGGAGGGCGUCAACACCAUCUUCGAUAUCCUCAAGCGUUCGAGCCAGAAGUAUGGCAACGCGAAGGCGCUCGGCAAGAGAAAGCUCAUCAAGCUGCACGAGGAGAACAAGAAGGUGAAGAAGACCAUCGAUGGCGUGGAGAAAGAGGUCGAUAAGAAGUGGACAUACUACGAGCUGUCGCAGUAUGAGUUCAUGUCCUUCACCGAAUAUGAACAGCUCGCGCUCAACGUCGGCUGCGGUUUCCGUGCCCUGGGCAUGAACCCGCAGGACCGCGUGCACAUCUUCGCGGCUACACAUCCAUACUGGCUGGCCACCGCUCACGGAGCACAAAGUCAGAGCAUGCCGAUCGUCACCGCCUACGAUACGCUUGGAGAGGAGGGUCUCAAGCACUCCCUUCAGCAGACACACGCGAAGGCCAUCUUCCUUGACCCUCACCUCCUGGUCAAGCUCAUCAAGCCACUGCAAGAGACGAAGGACAUCCAGCACGUCAUCUACAACGAUGAUAACUCGCCCACAAGACAAGUCACCGAUGAGCAGACCAAGGAGAACGUGCAGAAGUUGAAGGAAGCUCACCCACACCUGACCGUGAACAGUUUCACUGAGUUCAUCGAGCUCGGCAAGCAGAACAAGGUCGAGCCUACUCCACCAUCUCCAGAUGAUCUCUGCUGCAUCAUGUACACUUCCGGCUCCACUGGCGCACCAAAGGGUGUGCUUUUGACGCACAAGAACGUGAUCGCUGCUAUCGCUGGUGUGGAUGUCAUUGUUGGUCCAUACUUGGGCCCCGGCGACGGCCUUCUGACCUACCUUCCUCUUGCGCACAUUCUCGAGUUCGUCUUUGAAUCCGCCUGUCUGUACUGGGGUGGCUCCAUGGGUUACGGUAACCCAAAGACCAUUUCCGACGCGUCCAUGCGCAACUGCCGAGGCGACAUUGCAGAAUUCAAGCCAAGUAUCUUGGUUGGUGUUCCAGCGGUAUGGGAAACUGUUAAGAAGGGUAUCAUGACCAAGGUGGAGAAACUCAACCCAGUCUCCAAGAACUUGUUCUGGGGCGCUAUGAGCGCCAAGAGCUUCAUGAUGAACAACUCGAGUUACCUUCCGCUCUCCAGCGUCGGCACCAAUAUUGUGGACAACGUUGUUUUCAAGAAGGUCGCCGAAGCCACCGGAGGCAAGCUCCGUAUUUGCAUGAACGGAGGCGGACCGGUCGCCAAGGAGACUCAGCGCUUCAUCUCCAUGUGCAUCGCCCCGAUGAUUUCUGGCUACGGCUUGACCGAAACUGCAGCCAUGGGCGCGCUCAUGGAUCCUCUGUCGUGGAACGAUACCGCACUCGGCGAGAUCCCAGGCUCCGUCGAAGUCAAGCUUGUGGACUUCCCAGACGCAGGCUACUUUGCCAAGAACAACCCACCUCAGGGUGAGAUCUGGAUUCGUGGCGCGUCCGUCACUUCCGGAUACCUCGACCUUCCGAAGGAGACGGAAGAGUCUUUCACGAGCGACGGCUGGUUCAAGACUGGUGACAUUGGCGAGUUCGACAGCUACGGACAGCUCAAGAUCAUCGAUCGCAAGAAGAACUUGGUCAAGACGCUCAAUGGUGAAUACAUUGCACUGGAAAAGCUGGAAUCUGUCUACCGAUCCACAAAGAUCGUCCAGAACAUCUGUGUCUAUGCUGCGCAGGACAAGAAUAAGCCAAUUGCUAUCGUUGUCCCAGCCGAGCCCGCUCUGAAGCAGCUCGCCAGCGACAAUGGCAUCGAGGGCAACGGCCUGGAAGAUCUCUGCCACAACAAGAAGAUCAACAACCUCGUCCUGAAGGCUAUGCAGGACACUGGCAGGAAGCAAGGUCUGGCCGGAAUUGAGAUCAUUGAGGGUGUUGUUCUCGCAGAUGAGGAGUGGACCCCACAGAAUCAACUCGUCACUUCCGCCCAGAAGCUCAACCGCAAGGGCAUCAUGGAGAAGUAUCAGAAGGAGAUCAAGCAGGCGUACGGCUCUUAGGCUGUGUGCCCAACGAUCGAUCUCAAAACGAACAUAUGAUACCCAGCCUGAAGUAUACGCGCCUUGCGAUGACGAUGCGACGAUGAGAAAACCACAUUUGAUGAGUGUGCUGCACGAUCGGAACAUUCGAGAUGAAGAACACUUUUGAAACACUCUCGGGGGCUUGACUUUGAAUUGAGGCGUUUGUGCUCAGGCAAGCUUUGUACUGUGUAAUUAUGGAUUUUUAACCUUUUGAUUGUUGAAGCGGAAGAUGAAAUUUUAUGAUUGAGGUGUUUUCUGACUUCACGAAUUGCUUCCUUCUCAACUAUUCCGACCUUCACGCAACCUAUCUCCUUCC